UUAGUAGAGGCCUAGAUAGCAUUAAGCUUAGAGGAAAAGAUAACUGCUACUCCAGACUAGCUGGGAUGUGCAGAAUACCUUCUUCCGCUGCCAUCUGCUGCAGUGAGAUCCAUAAUAGCUAGCCUAUCGCUUCUUUCUUUGAGACCACUGAUUAAACAGAGGACUACAACCAGCCCUACUGCACCAUCAUGUCUUCUCCAGCGACUGUAGGUCUCUCCCCAACUAGAAAAUGUAUAUGCGAGAUCUGCAACUGUGGACGCCAUCGUUGUCCUCAUCUCAUCACCAGGCCCUAUGAGAUGAAUGAGAAGCCAUGCCUCCUUUCUGAGUACACAGAAAAAUACCCCCUUUACCCCAACACUCAACCCAGGGAAUCAUGUAAACCCACAGCAGAGUAUAAGAAGCAGGAUGUGCCCAUGGAAGGCAUUUCAACUGCCAGGAGAGAUUAUGUCCCUCAUCAAGUAUUCCCUAUAAAACAGAGACCUCCAGAUCAAUAUGUCAGGAGAGAUGAAAAUAUGGACCUAUUGUCCACAUAUAGGAAAGACUACAACCCUUACUCCAUUAGCCGAGUGGCUCCUUGCCUGCCUCGGGAACAAAACUAUUUCUCUGAUGAGAAGAUGACCACAAUACCUACAUACAAAGGUGAUUAUGUGGCGUGGAAUCAGCCCAAAAGGGAUAUGAUUAAGCCAGACAACACUUUCCGUCCAUCUGAAGACACAUUUGACCACAAGACCACUACUCAAGAUGAUUACCUCUACAAGGGGCCAGUUGCUACCAAAAGUUGCAAGCCUUCUUAUACCCCCCACAUCUGCAAGGUGCCCCUGGAGGAUAUGACCAAUUACAAGUUGAAUUAUGUGAUACACCCUCUGACGAAACGCUAUGUUCAUGAACAUGAGCCAUAUAAGCCCAAUGAUGUUCCGUUUGAAGGCCUCACCACCCACAAGCUGUCUUACAAAGGGCUGCAAGGUGAUCCAGCCAAAUCACUGAAGCCAUCUUAUAAACGGCCAGAUCUGGACACCUUUGCUGGUACUACUGAAUUUCGGGAAAACUACCUAGCUUGGCCAACACCUGCCCCCUUCACCAGAAAGCGUGAGGUAUAUACACCACCUAAGGACAAAAUGGACCUUCGGACUUCGGCACAGAUUCAUUAUGGAAACCCUCACGGGCGGCCGGCAACAUCGUGUAAGCCCAUGGGUCGUGUGGUACAAUGCACAGAUCCUUUUGACCACCGCUCCACUAUGAAGGAUGAUUACAAGGCGUGGCAGUAUUCCAAACCGGAAGCCAUUGUUCCUCACCAAGAGCUCAAGCUGCCAGCUGUACCCAUGGACACGCUGACCACUUUUAAGACACAUUAUGUGCCUCACCCACUUCCAUUCACAAAGAGCUUCAGACCCCGUUUACAAGCUAGAGCUCAUCUGCCAUUUGCUGGGGAGACCACCUAUGCCACAAGCUACACACCAAAGGAAAUCCACAUAUGCCCUGCCUCUUUCAAAGAGCCACCGGGCUAUGUCUUUGAAAAGAUUGAUGAAGCUGGCCACAAACGGUUCCGUCCUGCUUCCGUGGCUCAGUCUCGCUGUGCGUCAAAUUCAAAGCUUGCUGAUCGCAGAGGCAGCCGUACUAAUGGCAGGUUGAGCCAAACGGGCAUCCAAGGGAUAGCACUGAAAGCCUGAUGUUUUCCAACCUGCAUUUAAACCGACUUUACUCCUUGAUUAAUGCUAUUCGUAUCAUAAUGCCCAUUUUCAUGGGACGGACACUUUCGACAGAGCUGAAUAAAUAACUGAAAGCUUUAAGGAAAGCAUGACUUAGCUCACACACAUAAUCUGCAUUAUGAAGUAUUGCUUCUAGGGACUGUCACUGGAUUAAAGAAACCUUUGAAACCUAUUGACCAUGUAAGGUUUAGCUGAUGAGUUAAUAAAUGGAUUAUAUUGG